AUGUUUCCAAAUCAUUAUUCACCAUCAAAUCCCUAUGCUGAUUUUUCAACAUACAAUACAACUUCAUCAUCAUCAAACAUAAGCAGUAUUGGUAAUUCUUCCUCGCCACCUCUUUAUCAUCAACAUCAACAUAUGUUCUCUGCAGCACAUUUUUCCAAUGAUAAACUUCAACAUUCACCAACAGGUUAUCCGUCAUUUGCUAUGCAUGGGUUAAAUAUGAAUGUAAAUGUUACUAUGAGUCCUGUUUAUGUACCAACGAAUAAUCUAUCAAUAUCUCAACCAUCACCAUCAGUUCCAUUGAAACCCUUUUAUUCAUCUGAUGAAAAUGGCACGAAUUCAUUGGAAGAAAAAUCAGUCAAUACACGCGUAUUAAAUGGCAAUGAAACUCAUCCAACACAAUCACAACCACAACCACCAACACUUUCACUACCUAAAAUGACUGCGAAAGGGAAGAAGAUACGUAAGCCACGUACAAUCUACAAUCCACUUCAAUUACAAGCACUUAAUAAACGUUUUCGUCGUACACAAUAUUUAGCGUUGCCUGAACGAGCUGAACUAGCAGUUAAUCUUGGUCUAACACAAACUCAGGUCAAAAUAUGGUUUCAAAACAAACGUUCAAAGGAAAAGAAAUCUAACAGACAAGGUAAUCGCACUCGCCUAUCUAAUGAUAAUGAUUUGAGUUGUAACGGCGAAGAAAUCUAUUCGGAUGAUGAGACAAGUUCAACAUCAACUGAUAACAAUGAUUCAUCUUUACAUGCUACACAAUCAUUAGCACCUGCAUGUGAAAGUAAAGAUGUUGAUGUGACUACAGCUAAUCAAACAAUGAUCAAAUCAUCACCUAAUAUCUAUGAACAGUCUUCGCCACCUUCUCUAACAUCUUCUACAAUGAUUUCGACGACAUCGACAACAACGGCAACAACACCACCGCUACCACCACCACCACAAUAUCCAACAAAUGAUUUUCUUCGAACAAAUUCAAUGUAUUUUGAUUAUGGAUCAAUGAAUGGCUUUUGGCAACCGCAUAUCUAUGAUACAACUCAUAAUAUGAAUGGAUAUUAUCAACAAUAUCCACCAACAAUUCACACUUAA